GAAAUUGAUGUCGAAGUUGAGCUGACUGCCAACCAUUAUGGUCGCUUUGAAAUGUAUUUGUGUCCGAACAAUAAUCCCCGUAAAGAAGCCACACAGGAAUGUUUUGAUCGUUAUCCCCUAUAUAUUUCUGGAAGUCGGGAACAUCGUUUCUUGAUACCACGUGAAGCUAAAAAGAAGGAUAUUUUCCGUUAUCGUGUUCGUUUGCCACCCUAUGUCACCUGUACCCAAUGUGUCUUGCAAUGGACCUAUUAUACAGCAAAUAUGUGGGGUACUUGUGCCAAUGGUACUGAGGCUGUGGGUUGUGGUAAAGCUGAAACCUUCCGUAACUGUGCUGAUAUUGCCAUUGUUUCCAACACUGGUGGUGGUCUGCCACCAAUAUUCGUUAACAAAAAGAAUCCCUAUCUGUUGUACUACAGAGAUUAUAGAGCGCCCGAGGAUAAUAAUGUUUUCCCAUUGAUUGUAAGAGAUCAAAAAUGUAUUGCAUCUCCUGCCUUCCGUGCUUUACCUGGUAUGGAUAAUUGGUGCGAAACUAAUUGUUUGCGUUAUCCACCCAAUUGUCCGGCAACGGCCUGUCAUUGCCCUCAAGAAUGUGUCGCCAUUGGUGAGUUGGCUGGUAAAGAAGGUACCGACACCUGGUGCAUGGACCAAUGUCUUAAUUAUGAUUCUCAGUGCCCAACUGAUAAAUGCCGCUGCUUCUAGAG